AUGGUCUGCACCUUUAUGCUUCGUAAGGACCCACAGAGAGGAGUGCGUGUCGUUGUCGAUUAUAGAGGUUUAAAUGAUCUAAGUAAAAAAUGUGCCUAUCCAUUGCCAAGAAUUGACAGUUGUUUAGAAAGUUUGGGAGGAAAUUAUUAUUACAUUUCUUUAGAUCAUUUGUCAGGAUUUUACCAAAUAGAAUUAGACGAGAGAGAUCGUGAAAAGACUGCAUUUGGCACCAGCAGGGACGGUCUGUAUCAAUAUGUUACUAUGCCGCAGGGCCUUACAGGGGCUCCACAUACAUUUCAGCGGUGUAUGGAAUUAGUGUUUAAGAACAUACAGUGGAGGACAAUGAUUAUUUACAUGGAUGAUAUUUGUACUUUUGCUGAAUCUUUUGAUCAGGCAUUGUUUAGACGUUUUAUCAAGGGAUUUAGUGCUAGGGCGUCACCACUUAAUCGCUUAACAGAGGCCGGUCGAGCGUUUAUCUGGGGACCAGAACAGGAUAGGGCUUUUAUGGACUUAAAAUUUGCAUUGACAGGCGAAGAAGUGUUAGCAUAUCCAAAAGAGGAAGGCUUAUUCAUAGUGGAUACUGAUAGUAGCAAUUUCUCGUGCGGCGGUUGCUUGUCGCAAAUGCAAUGGUCAGGUACAGCUCAGGAUUUUGUUGAAAAACCAAUUAUGUUUGCGAGUAAAUCAUUUGACAAAACACAACGACGUUAUUGUGCCACAAGAAGAGAACUGUUGGGCGAGGUGUUGAACAAGGACGUAAAUUCUAUGCUGGAUGAACAUGUUGCAAUAUCCGAGGAUGCAGCGCAAACAUCUAACUUAGGUUGUCUCAAACAGUUUAACACAGUUAAUUGUUCACCUCUCAAAAUGGCCAAAUUACAGAGAGCAGACCCAGAUUUAGGAAUUGUGAUACAGUGGUUUGAAGAAAACAGACGACCCCUGGGAGAUAAGGAAUACGUCCAGUUGCAUAUCAAAAGAUGUGAAAAGUGUGCAUUCCGAAAAAGGCCAAAAAACAUACCGAGGGCACCAUUAACGGAGUACACAGAUGGCCAUCCUAUGGAUCGUAUACAAACGGACAUAAUGGGACCACUUAAUGAGACAGAAUCCGGAUAUCGGUACAUUAUCGUGGUCAUUGACGGAUUUACAAAGUGGGCUGAGUGUUACGCAACCAGAGAUCAGCUAGCAAGUACCGUUGCUCAUAAGACUGUACAAAUGUAUAUGAAUUUUUGUCCAGAUAUGGCGACCGGAUUCACACCAAAUUAUUUAAUGAUGGGACGUGAAGCUAUUAUCCCGGUUGACAUUUCACUUGGCUGCAUUACAGAGAACAAGAUAAGUUCAGUGGACGAUGCCAUUCAACUACAAGAGAAGUUAACAGAGGCGCAUCAGAUAGCACGAACUAAUUUGCAAAAGAAUGCUGUCAGACAGAAGCGUGAUUAUGAUACCCGGAUUUCAAAAACACAUUUUAGUAAAGGGCAGUUAGUGUUGUGUUUAGAGAAGUCAAGACAUAAAGGAAUCAGCAAGAAAAUUGACCCUAAUAUUUGGAAGGGGCCUUAUGUUAUUACAAGGAAGAUCACAGACCUUUUGUAUGAAAUAAGACUUUAA